AUGGCACAUCUCGUAUCUGAGAUCACCGGCUUACGGAUAUAUCCCAUUAAAUCAUGUCGAGGCAUAUCGUUACCAUCAGCAAAACUGACAAGGCAGGGCCUGGAGCUUGAUAGACGCUGGAUGUUCGUUGAUGCAAAGAACAAAUUCGUCACUAUUCGCUCCAACCCGCAAAUGACGCUGAUUAAUACUGCUAUUGACCACGAUGCGGGGGAACUCGUCAUCACAGUUCGGGACGAUGUCAGCAAACAGGUCCGGGUACCACUAUGGCCAUCUCAGACAUGGUUGAAGGAGCACACCGACAUCCUUGAUGUGGACGUUUGGGAGUAUAUCACCGAUGCAUAUUCAUAUAAAGACCCCAAGAUCAAGGCGACUUUCACUGAGUUUUUUGGUGAGGAUGUUAGCUUGGUGAUGAAAGGACCUACCCAAAGGGUUACGACUGGAAACGGAUCACCUGAGAGACUGGGAAGGACUGAAAGUGUCAAUUUCCCUGAUGUUCUGCCAGUGCAGAUUGCUUCUGACUCGUCCCUCGCAGAGCUGAAUUCUCGAUUGAAGGAGCGAGGGCACAAUGAAAUCACCAUUGAACGGUUUCGUCCAAACAUUAUUAUCAAAGGGGGCGAGCCCUGGUCCGAGGAUGAUUGGAAAACCGUUCGUAUCAAUGGGGAUUCUUCCCUAUUCACCACCUUGACUGGUGGAAACCGAAAUGCGAUGGAUAUAGACGUUGUUGCUCGAUGCGCACGUUGUCAGGUUCCCAAUGUGAAUCCAGACACGGCUGAGAAGAAUCCUAAGCAGCCAUGGGAUCUGCUUGUUAGCUAUCGAAGAGUUGAUGAGGGGAUCAAAUUCAAGCCCUGUUUCGGGAUGCUAUGCUGUCCAAGGAAUGAAGGCCAUUUAGAGGUUGGGAUGCGCUUUGAAGUUACAGCAACCACUCAAGCCCAUAAAUAUGUCAAAGGUUUUUGA